GUUACGACUGGAUCUUUCCUCAUUCUUUUGAGUCAAGUUGCGGCAUCCAACAAGCUAUGGCACAAACAUUUGAUCUUAAUUCUGUUGGCAAACGACCAGGAUUGGAGAUAUGGAGAGUCAAGAGUUUCAAUCUAGAACCGGUACCAAGGAACACAUACGGGCAAUUCUAUAGUGGAGAUGCGUACGUCGUUUUGAAUACAACUGAACGAAAGACUUAUGAUAUACACUUUUGGUUGGGUGAGGGCGCAACCGUCGACGAAGUGGGCACGGCGGCAGCGGCAAGUGUGAAAAUAGAUGAUGCUUUGGGUGGUCACCCAAUUCAGCACCGAGAAGUACAAAAGCAUGAAACGCCUUUGUUUCUCUCCUACUUCCCGCAUGGAGUCAGGUAUUUACAAGGAGGCUAUGACUCCGGAUUCCGACAUGUUGAAGAUAUCUUUGAAAAAUUCAAACCGCGUUUGUUCCACUGCAAAGGAAAACGAAACGUUCGCUGCGCACAGGUAGAUUGCCGAGCUGAUUCGCUGAAUCUUGGAGACGUGUUCAUUCUGGACGCUGGGAAGGAGCUCUAUGUCUGGAUGCCUCCAGAAAGCGGUCGCUUAGAGAGAAUCAAGGGUAUGGAACUUGGUAGCUAUAUCGCUCAAGUGGAACGCCACUACAAAACCCAUGUCAACGUGCUGGAUGUUGACUGGGACACAGAUGAGACGUUCUGGUCUUAUUUUGGAGGAGUUGGGCAAGUGAGGAACAUUGCUAGAGCCAAAGACGACGACGUGAAUUACUGGCAGAGAGCUACUCGCAAAAUCGCAUUGUAUAGAGUAUCCGAUGCGUCAGGAAGAACGGAGAUCAAAAAAGUAUCGGAAGGUGAGGUUACACAAAGCCAGCUAGAUACCAAGGACGCAUUCGUUCUUGACGCCCUCUCCACCAUUUUUGUUUGGGUUGGCAAAGGAUGUACGCUCAACGAACGUCGCAAGGCUUUGUCCUUCGGCGAGACGUACAUUAAACAAAAGAACUUACCAGCUUGGACUCAUCUUACUUGCAUCAGAGAAGGCGACGAGCCUCCAUCAUUCACGCAGUGGUUUGGAAAUUGGAACUAUGGAAGAGCUUCCUUCGUGCCUCGAUUGUUCCAACUGUGCGAUAAAAGCGGAAGACUAUUAGUCGAAGAGAUUGUGAACUUUAAUCAAGAGAGUCUUGACGGAGACGAUGUUAUGAUACUAGAUGCCUACGAUAAAAUCUAUGUUUGGAUUGGCAAAGGCGCGAGUGUUCAAGAGAAAGCAGAAGCAACAAAUACUGCAAAAGCGUACAUACAACAAAACGCACUUUGGCGUCAUAUCCGGUUUGAAAUCAUCAAAGUUCAGCAAGGGAGCGAACCGGAUACUUUUAAGGACAUGUUCCGAAGUUGGAAUGACAGCCUAUUCCAAAGAAAUGCGAGGUCGGUAGAGAGCAUCAAACGAAGUUUGUUUAACCGUUGACACCCUGUACUUGUAAGCUGUUGUGCACGAAGAAUUAUCGAAUUUUAUUGGCAUCAGUUCGCUUUUCGAAGACACAGUGUAUUCAAUAGUUUAUGAAAUGAAAUUUCACUGUACAGUCAAAAUAAGUUAUGACAGAUUCUGCUUAUUAAAUGUUAACCGAGAAUUUGCAGUCUAUUGUGAAAACAGAGGAUGCUUUAUGUCAUGUGGUCACUUUUCUUUUUAAGAAAAAGAUUUUAAGCAACUGAG